AUGUCAUACUUGAAGUUAACGUAUCAGUUGAGAUAUUCCGUUCGUUUCUUCUCCUUUGAAUUAGUGUGUACGAUGAAAAAGACGUCUCAUCUUUAUCGGUCGAAGAGUUGUAAUCUGUCGUGCGACCCGUGUAGGGAGAAUAUGUCCUCCCAUCUGUAUAGGUCGGGUAAUUGUAGCUUCCUGAGGGCAUUCUGCAAUUAA